AUGAUAGCCCAGCGCAAAGCCAACAGCAAUCCAGGCCAGAAUCAAUCGACAAGCCAUCGUAUGCUUCUUGAGUCGUCCAUACUUCCACGGAAUCAGAGCAUGCUCGAAGAUGCGAAUGGGCUUUCAGAUGAUGUUCCUCCUCCAGUCCUUGGCAAGCUGCAACUCCUGCGCAGUGUUGGUCUUGACAGCGACUGUGAAAAUCAAGCAGCCAAGAAUUUCUUGAGGCAAGCGAGACGUCCUGCACUGUGUCUCGACGGCGAUGAUGAGAACAGUCAAGGAUUCCUUGUGGCAAGCGACAAGUCCUGCGUGGGACAGCGAUUGUGCGAAGUGGCGUGUGGCUGCUUCAAGCAGUCAAAGGUCUGGGUGAAAGGAGGCACUCUUCUUUGCAUCGGCACAGACCCAUGGAACGCCAUUUGCCAUCGCAACUACAUGAACGACAUGCAUGGAGCGGAUAUAUGCGUGCUGCGGACCAGACGUGCUGUGUUUGUCGUUGCACAUCCAGCAAAAUGGCAGGCUGGCUGGUUGGCGGGCGGAUUUGCAGAUUGGGAGGGAGGUCGUCUGCCAUCUACCAAACAUCCGAGCUGUGUCAGCUUCCAAGCUUCCAAGACUCUGGGGUCGGUCCACAUGUCGCUCCUGAUUCCGAACUCCGAAAGGCUUCAUGACGAUGGUCCCUGCUGGACUUGCACCUCUGAUAACGGCUUGGACGAGGCACCUCCCAUAUCUCCACACUCCAUAUGUAUUGCUUCCCCACUCGCAUACCUGACAACGAACCAGCUCAAUACUCCUACUUGCACGGCUAUCCAUCAUGAUCAACGCCCUCCGAUAGCCGCAGCUCGAAGGAAUUUCCCUCUUCUUGACAUCCUUCUUCCUCGUCAUCUCCGCUCGACAUCCACCGAGAUUGGCCCUUCAUCACGAUCACCGCACUCUGCCGGCUGCUCCAGAAACAUUGUGCUGUCCUUCACGUUCUCAUUCCACCAUUCACCAGAGUCCUCCAACCCAGCACAUCGUCCUCCGACGCCCCAAGUGUCCGUCGCCAUACCCAUCCAUUCCAACAUGGACCAGAAAGCACUGGAGAAGGCGUUUGCGCUGCCACGGGAUCUCCAAGAGUCUCUCAGAUACGGCGGGAGAGGCCGAGAGUCAACGCAGCCAGAGGAGCUCGUCAAAGAUAUGGAACGCAUCCAGCUUUCGGGCAGUAUGGGACAAUCUUGGCCCACACCCACAGGUUGUAAGGACGGCAGCGAGGAUCUCGACCUAUACGAGCCAGGGACUUACCUGUCUGUCAAGAAGGCAAAGGCAAAGGAUGAAAAGGUCGCUGUUGCUGCGCACAUCUCCCAGCACUGCUCUCCCCUCCCACAGGCAUUCGAUGUUCAUGGGAAGAUUCUGGCGACUGACGAUUGGUGUCUCAAUGAAGCUGCACCAGCUUCCGAUUCGGGGCGACCAUCAUCUUUGGCCAAGCAUGCAGAUGCUCGUGCUUCGAGAUUCUUCGCAUUCGCCACUAUCGGCGAUGCCGUGCGUGCCCUGGCAGUCGUAUCAAGCGGGCUGGAUGAGGCGCAUCCACUCUACGACAAAAAGACGUCUCCGCUCGAGCUCACAGCCAAUAAUGUGGCCAAGGCAUGCGAGGCCAUCGCGUGUGCUGGAGUCGAAGAUCCGUUCAAAGAGGUCGAGUUGAAGGAAGCAUUCGUGAUGUCCGCAUGCGAGGUGGGCCAUUUCACUUACCUCUUCUGCAACGGCAGGACAACGAAGACCAUCCAAAUGCCGACUUUGCUUCAGGCCAAGUCCCGGGGUCAAGUGUGGAGUUGGGUAUCAUUCGAGGGCGACGACCGCGAAAUCGAGAGCGACGAUACUCAAGAUGUUUGGUUGACAUUUGGCCUUUUCAUACGUUCCCACGUCUUGCCUGCCGUUCAUAAUGCAAAUGCUCGCGGUGCGCAAAUGAAAUUCGUGGGAUCGUGGGAUCGUGGGGUCGUGUGCGUGGGGUGUGCGCCAAGGCAGCGCUUCCUAUUGUCGUUGCUGGCAGCGGCUUCCGGCUUCGAGCAUGUGGACAUGUUUCCUCCACAUCUCGCCGUCCUUUGCCCUGACAGUCCUUGA